AUGGCCAUAGAUUUGGAAAACCUCGUUGUCCAGAUCAUCCGACAGCCAGUUCUUUGGAAGGUCAUUCCCUUGGGUCUAUUAUGGACAGCCUACCGGGUUAAUAGAUAUCUCAACCGUCAAGCUUUAAAUAAUGGCGUUCAUCAGGGCGCUCAGGGCCGUGCUCAGUUUUACUCAGUGAGCGAAAAGCGGCAAGGCUGA